ACCUUACAGACAAAAGUAGAUGAUCUUAUGGAUCAAAUAUCAUUUCCUUUAGCAGAGAAAGGAAUAUAAAUAUUAAAAAAUGUUUUUCUUUACAAUAUAUCAUAAAAUAGUUUAAGAAAUUAUAUAUUCAUUGUAAAGUAAUCAAAAAUGGCUGCACGUGAAUCUGGUAGAAUAAAAGAUGCUUAUCAAAAAAGAGUGCUUGAUGAAGCUGCUCGUAAACGCAGACAAAAGAAAGCAUUGGAAGCUUUGGAACAAGAUAAUUUUCACGAUGAUCCGCAUGCUGAUUUAGUAAUGAGUAAAAAAGUUCCAAAAUUUCAAGAAACUUUAGAUAAUAGAGGUGGUAGAAGAAAAAAAACUAGAUCAGCAGAGUAUUAUAAGCAACGAUUUCGUAAAACAUUUGCUCAAUUAGUAGAAGAAGAUCUUAACAUUAAUCCAAAUCCUCCUAAUUAUGCAUCUGCUCAAGCACCAGUAUCAAGAUUUCCUGAACGACAAUUUUGUGCAGUUUGCGGAUUCCCUAGUAAUUACACAUGUAUUCCUUGUGGUGCUAGAUAUUGUAGUAUGAAAUGUUUAGGUACUCAUCUUGAUACAAGAUGUUUAAAAUGGACAGCUUAAGAAGUGUAAAAUUGUUAUGAAGUUAAUAUGUAUUCACAGUAUUAAAUAAAAUUAAAUAAUUAAUAAUAAAUAAUAAUAAUAAUAAACAAAA